AUGACAAUUGCAAUACGUAUACUCACAUAUGGUUGUGCAGCCGAUCAUUGUGAUGAGUAUAUUAAAAUCGGCGAGAGCACUGCCAUUAGGAUGACAUUUUGUAAGCCUGUUGUUGGUGUGUAUGGGGAAGAAUACAUGCGACCACCCAACGAAGUUGACAUAGCACGAUUACUUCGAGAAGGGGAGGAGAGAGGAUUCUCGAGUAUGCUUGUUUCUAUCGACUAUAUGCUUGUUUCUAUCGACUAUACGCAUUGGGAGUGGAAGAAUUGUUCGGUGUCAUGGCAUGGCACACACAUCGGAAGCUAUCAUACGCCUACGCUCAUAUUGGAGGCGGUUGCCUCAGAAGAUUUGUGGAUCUAA